AUGCUUGUAAGGAGAGUGGCGAGGCGCUCGUUCUCCUCGGUGCCCACCAGCACCACUGGAGCAACCUCCGACGUCGCCACCGGUUCCAAAUACGAGGAGUCAAGCUGCCUCGCCAAGGUGCACCACGUCGAGGGCAUCUGGCGUGCCCCGCGCAAGCUCCCGUACACGAAGGAGGAAUUCGACCGCGCGUACCCGCCGAACUACCAGAAGAUGCGCAUCGGCCUCCCCGAUUCCGGGACCGUGCACGCGAAGUACAUCGACCCCCGCUACGACGAGAUGUCGCCGCUGGUGUGGACCGGCAUCCUCAUGUCGCCGAUCAUAAUUUGGGGCGGCAUCGAGACCUACUACCACUACUUCCCCGGGGAGCCUGGUGGGCACCAUUGA